AUGACUUCCAUCUCUCGCGAUACUCCGGCCGGUGGAUGUUGUGCUCCCCAGCCCUCAUUGUCCACUCCCUCCCAUCCACUAGAUCCCUUAUCUAUUGAAGAGAUUCACCUGGUAGCCAAUCUUACCCGGCAGCAUGCCGCCUCAGACCGUCUCAAAUUCAAUUGCAUCACACUCCAUGAGCCUAUCAAAGCCGAAUACACAGCAUUCCGUUCCCACGCUGGCCCGCGUCCCGAUCGACGCGCAUUUGCGAUUGUCAUCCAAGGAAAGCAUUCGCCCCAGGUCUCAGAAGUCGUGGUCAACUUGACCUCCCACCAGGUCGAAUCCUGGGAAAAUCUCGUCAAUGUCAUGCCCACCUUGACGCUCGAUGACUUGGAUGUCACGGAGCAGAUCGCCCGGAACGACCCGCGCGUUAUUGAAGUCUGUCGGGAGAUUGGAAUCACCGAUAUGUCUAAGGUGUACUUCGAUGCGUGGGCAAUCGGAAUUGACGAGAGAUGGGGCUUUGAGCGACGACUGCAGCAGGCGCUUCCAUAUUACCGGAGCUCGAGAUACGACAACCAAUAUGCGCAUCCGCUGGACUUUACUGUUGUGACAGAUACAGAGGCGCAGGAGAUUCUCAGCGUGGAUGUUCGGCGGGUUAAUGGAGAGCGUACAGCUGUGCCUCGUGACGAGCAUAACUAUCUGCCCCAGUUCAUUGGGGAUUCUUAUCGCCCUGAACGACUCAAGCCGAUUGAUAUCACGCAGCCGCAAGGGGUUUCUUUCCGAAUGAACGGGAAUGAGCUUGAAUGGGCUGGUUUCAAGAUGCAUAUUGGGUUCAACUACCGCGAAGGGCUCGUCUUAUCGGACAUCCGUGCCCAUGAUCCCUAUGAGGAGCGGGAGCGUAUGUUGUUCAACCGGAUUAGCGUCGUGGAAAUGGUGGUGCCGUACGGAUGCCCUAAGCCGCCUCACCACAAAAAACAUGCCUUUGAUGUUGGAGAAUACGGCAGCGGACUGAUGACCAACUCGCUUAAACUGGGCUGUGACUGCAAAGGCGCUAUCCACUACCUCGACGCCGUUCUUCCAACUGCCACCGGCGAAGCCUCGAUCAUCGAAAACGCAGUCUGCAUCCACGAAGAAGACAACGGCCUUCUAUACAAGCACACUGACUUCCGCGACGGAAAUGUUAUCUCAGCCCGGGACCGAAAACUGGUCAUCUCCCAGAUCAUCACGGCCGCCAACUACGAAUACGCCUUCUACCACACCUUCACCCUGGAUGGCACAUACAAGCUCGAGAUUAAGCUAACCGGAAUGCUCAACACCUACCCUCUACAUCCCAGCGAGCAAGCCGCCCCCUACGGAACAGAAGUAGCCCGUGGUAUCGACGCCCAAAACCAUCAACACAUCUUUUCCCUCCGCGUGGAUCCCGAAAUUGACGGCCCAACAAACACGGUUGUGCAAAGCGACGCAGUACCAUCAGAAGAACCUGUUGGUUCAGAAGCCAACCCAUACGGUAACGGCUUCUACGCGAAAAAGACUCCUCUCCGCACAGCUAAAGAAGGGGCGACAAACUACUGCCACGAAACCAGUCGCACCUGGGACAUUGCCAACCCUAACCGCCUCAACCCCGUCUCCAAGAAGCCCGUCUCUUACAAGAUUCUCAAUAAUAAUUGCCCACCUCUGCUCGCAAAACCAGGGAGCACCGUCUACAACCGCGCAGCCUUCGCGCGCAAAUCUCUUUGGGUCCUGCCUUACCGUGACUACGAGCUCUUCCCCGCGGGACGAUACGUGUGCCAAUCGACUGGGGAAGAAGGACACCCGGAUAAUGAGACGGUUGUUGAUUGGAUGAACCGGGAUGAGGGAAUUGAGAACACGGACAUCGUUUGCUAUGUACAGUUUGGACUGACGCAUUUCCCGCGAACGGAGGAUUUCCCGAUCAUGCCUGCGGAGCCUGUGGGUGUCAUGUUGAGGGCCGCGAAUUUCUGGCAGAAGAACCCAGCGCUUUGGGUGCCGGCUUCGGAUGUUGUGAAAGAUGUUUCUUCGAGGGAUGCGUUUGAGAAAGUUGUUGAUGCUGGUCGGAGGCUGCAGAAUGCGAAGCUGUAG